ACAUGAAUGCCCCAAGCUGCAUUACCACAUCACACCACAAGAUGGAGACACAACAGUCACCUGCAAUGCCUCUAAUGUUGUCAGUGAGAUGUCAGCAUCAGAAACAUUGAGGUGUAGAAACACUGACAGCCUCUCUAACAAAGAUGUGGAGGCUUCAGGAGGAAAACAAGUCAUUGAUAGAAAAGUUGGAGACUCAGUGGAGCUUUCAUCAAAUUUACCAACUGAAGGAGUCAGCAGUGCAUCAUGGAAAUAUGGAAACUCAGUAGUUGCAUAUCAUGAUUCAGGUGUUACUGCAAACAAUCCAUUUCGGGGCAGAGUGGAGUUCAAUGAUGUGAGCUUUAGUUUAACAGUGAGAGAACUGACCCUUCAAGAUUCUGGAGAUUUCAGUUUCCUCUCAGAGGCCAAUGGCCAACAAAGACCUACAGUCAUCAUCACUCUGCAGGUUCAUGAGCCAAUAUCUACGAAGCCCAAACUGGUUUAUAACAUCAGUGAGCCUGACUUAACUGGAUCCUGCACAGUUUAUCUGGAAUGCAGAGCAGCUCCUCACAGAAACAUCAGCUACAUCCUGACUGUAGGAAACCAACCACAUGAAGGCCCCAAGCUGCAUUACCACAUCACACCACAAGAUGGAGACACAACAGUCACCUGCAAUGCCUCUAAUGCUGUCAGUGAGAUGUCAGCAUCAGAAACAUUGAGGUGUAGAAACACUGACAGCCUCUCUAACAAAGAUGUGGAGGCUUCAGGAGGAAAACAAGUCAUUGAUAGAAAAGUUGGAGACUCAGUGGAGCUUUCAUCCAAUUUACCAACUGAAGGAGUCAGCAGUGCAAGAUGGAGACAUGGAAACUCAGUAGUUGCAGUUCAAGGUUCAGGUGUUACUGCAAACAAUCCAUUUCUGGACAGAGUGGAGUUCAAUGAUGUGAGCUUUAGUUUAACAGUGAGAGAACUGACCCUUCAAGAUUCUGGAGAUUUCAGUUUCCUCUCAGAGGCCAAUGGCCAACAAAGAUCUACAGUCAUCAUCACUCUGCAGGUUCAUGAGCCAAUAUCUACGAAGCCCAAACUGGUUUAUAACAUCAGUGAGCCUGACUUAAAUGGAUCCUGCACAGUUUAUCUGGAAUGCAGAGCAGCUCCUCACAGAAACACCAACUACAUCCUGACUGUAGGAAACCAAACACAUGAAGGCCCCAAGCUGCAUUACCACAUCACACCACAAGAUGGAGACACAACAGUCACCUGCAAUGCCUCUAAUGCUGUCAGUGAGAUGUCAGCAUCAGAAACAUUGAGGUGUAGAAACACUGACAGCCUCUCUAACAAAGGUCCUGGCUCUUCUAGCAUCAUCAUGUGGCUUACACUAUUUUUCGGAGUUCUCGUUAUUCUAUUCUUGGUCUGGCUGCUUCACUUCACAAAUUCAAAGGAAGUAUGUUUUAAGCUCAAACAUCCUGCAGCAGUCGACCAGGAUGAGAGUCAGCAGCAUCCCCACUCCUCACCUGCUGCUGAUGAUGCUUCAGAGUAUGAACCCAUGAGAGGCUCUACAGAUGCUGAACAAGGGGAACCUUCAGCAGAAUACGUCCUUCCUCAACAAGCUUCUAUCAAGGAUCAGGACAAGGUUGAUGAGAACUAAUAGACAAGAAGGUCAUCUUCGUGCAACUGAUUCUGAGAAGUGAUUAAAGGAAAAUAUAUUGUGAGCUUCUCCUGCAUUUAGCUUUUAGCUUCAUGAGGAUUUUUUUCUAUUUUAUUUACUGUUUAAUCAAAUCAGGAGCAAAUUCAGGAGUUUAUACCUAUUUGCAUAUUUAAUCUCUUCAUUAGGAAAACUUUUAUGUUAUAUUACAGUAUUUUUUACAUAUUACUGUAGGCAAUGCAUGU